AUGUCGGCAUCGCUCCUAUUGGAAUCUUUACGUCAACAUGCUCUAGAUUCUUAUUAUGCCAACUUUGCAAGUCAUGGCAUCAAUUCCUUGGAUGCCCUCAGCAGUUUGACAAUGCAGGACUAUUCGUCGGUUGGAGUCAUCUCCAUGGAUGAUCGAAAACGAUUAUUCCAGCUAAUACAAUCGCUCAAGAACGACUUUCCCAUACCAGCAGCAACAACCGCUCCUGACAGCAGACUAUCACAAGGUUUUGCCUCAGUAGCUGCCAAACCAAUAGCACAAGUCCCACCACAACGUGUACCGUCAAAUCCUCCCGCUUCAUAUCCCGCAGCCACUGUCUUCUCUACAUCAGCACCAUCGAGAAGAUCAACCAUGGGAUUUGAUGCUGCACAACCACAAGACCAUGUACUUGAACCUUAUAAAUCACCUGAAACAUCAUCACGAUCAUUAUCCGAUAACGAAGAUAACACAUUGGAUUCAAACGUGAGAUACAGAGCACGUAAAUCACUAGGUUCCUCUCCUCCUAAAAGAACUACUCAACCAUUACUCAACGCUUAUGGUAUUCCUGUACAGCCUACAUCCUCAAAUAGCAGUAAUCAGCAGAGCAACAAGCAAGGAGGGUCUAGUAGCAAUAACAGGAUACCCACUGAUUUGGACGCUCGAAUCCGAGUUUGUGUAAGGAAACGACCUCUAAGUCGUAAAGAAAAGACUAGUGGACAGGUGGAUAUUGCACUAGUUAAUGGGAGACGAUCUGUCUCCAUCAAUGAACCAAAGAUGAAGGUGGACUUGACGAAAUACGUCGAACAGCAUCACUUUACUUUUGAUGAAGUGUUUGAUGUGGAUUCUACCAACGAGGAAGUGUACAAGAGGACUGCUCAACCUCUAGUAGAGUACAUUUUCGGAGGUGGUAAAGCCACUUGCUUUGCCUAUGGUCAAACUGGCAGUGGCAAGACACAUACCAUGCUGGAUGAGGAAAAGGGACUUUACGUGCUUGCAGCUCGUGACAUUUUUGCUCUCCUCAAGCAAACCCAGUAUCAACACCUGACGGCAUAUGCCAGCUUUUACGAAAUCUAUCAAGGUCAUUUAUAUGACUUGUUGAAUGAACGUAAAAAGCUGUUUGCUCGUGAAGAUGGCAAACAGCAAGUCCAGAUUACCGGUUUGCAAGAGUUUGAGGUCGACAAUGUGGAAAAGUUGAUGCAAAUCUUUGAAUUUGGGAAUACCGCUCGUAGUACGGGUGCUACAGGAGCAAAUGCAGAUUCAUCAAGAUCUCAUGCCAUCUUUCAGAUUACUCUAAAGCAUCGAAACAAGAAGCGAACUUUGCAGGGCAAGUUCAGCUUUAUUGAUCUGGCUGGAUCGGAACGUGGUGCUGAUCGAGGUGAUGCGGACAAGCAAACUCGUAUGGAAGGUUCUGAGAUCAACAAGAGUCUGCUCGCUCUGAAGGAAUGCAUUCGUGCUCUUGAUCAAGAAUCAAGACACACUCCAUUCAGACAAUCCAAAUUGACGCAGGUUUUGAAAGACUCCUUCAUAGGAGAUUCAAGGACUUGUAUGGUCGCCACGAUAUCUCCGAACAUGGCGAAUAGCGAGCACUCACUCAAUACUCUCAGAUAUGCUGACAGAGUCAAAGAACUCAAAUCUGAUGGUCGAGAUGACUAUGAUGACGAUCAAGAUCUCCUUGAUGGAGAAGUGUAUGACGAAGAAGACGAAGGAGACAUUGACGCUACAAAUACGGUUCAAGCAGUCGAUGAAGAUGAUGAUUUUCUUCUCGACUCUGAAUUCCCACCUGAUAACCUCGUACUGAGUGAUGUAGACGGCCAUGAUUCCCACUCUUCACCUGAAACACCAGCCAAUAGUGCUGCUGUAUCACGAUUCAAUGCAUCCGUCGCUGCCAAUGAAAAGACACCACGAGCUAAUAAUCGAAAUAGUGUGGCACAGCCUACGGCCGCAGUAGCUUCCAGUGCCAUCAAGGAACAAAAAAGUAGCAUCUUGUCACAGUUGAAUGGGAUCUUGGUCGGUAAAUUGAGUGGUGGUAAUAGUAGUGGUAGUCCAAGUAAUAAUAGUGUUGGGACUCCUAUACGGCCAGCCUCUUCACAACAGCAGCAAACAAGUCAGACGACGACUAUACGAGGUGGUGGUAGUGGUGGCAUGGUUGCUGCGAGCAAACCAACUGAAGUGGUGAUGCCUAUAACACCAUCUAAUCUAGCUCAGCCAAGUAGUAUUAGUAGUGCAACAACAACAGCAGCAGCAUCUGUAGUUGUGCCUUCAGUCGCAUCGACCAGUACUCCUACCUCAGCAGCACCUGAAGUCCCGAUGGACUUCGAAGGCCUCAUUCGAUUACAUCGCCAGCAUAUACGAGAGUUUACUGAACUGGGUAAACUUGAAAGUCGAUUAUUAGUCAAUGCCACAAUGAAGAUGGGGAGACCUGAAUCUGCAGUAGCAGUAGCAGCAGUAGGAUCUGAUGGUAAUAAUAGUGUUGGGGCAACGAAUGGACGUGGUCCGACACUUCCAUUUGAAUCGUAUGUACGAGAAUUGGAUGGAUUGUUGGAACGUAAAUUGGCUGCUAUAUUAGCAUUGCAAGGGAGCAUUAGAGGGCUGCGAUAG